GUUAGACUAUAAAUACUUCAGAACUGUAUUUUGUGUAAUAGUGAAACAUACAUUUUGUGAAAGCUUCAUCUGCCUUGGCUCAUAAAGUCAUUGCCACUUAUACAUUGGUAACCCAAGAUACAAAAUAUGAAACACGGUUUUCAUCCUGGAGUGCUCUUGCUUGUGAUUUUCAAGCUGAGAGGAACAUUUGAGCAAAGAAUUAUUGGAGGGCAAGAAGUUGAUCCUUACUCCAUUAAGUACCAAGCAUCUAUUCAGUACAACCACCGCCAUUACUGUGGAGGUACACUUAUCCAGACUCAGUGGGUUAUUUCAGCUGCCCAUUGCUGGAGACCGAGUUCUCUAAUCAAAGUGGUUUUAAGUGAACAUAGUUUCUCCAAAGAAGAAGGAUUUGAGCAAGAGUUAAAUGUCACCAAAAUAUUUGUUCAUUUCAACUACAACUACAAGACUUUCAACAAUGACAUUAUGCUGAUAAAACUCAGUCGUCCUGCACACCUGAAUGCUAAUGUUCAGCCAGCCACCCUGCCCACCACUAACACUCCCCAACUGUUUGGAAGAACCACAUGCACAGUUAGUGGAUGGGGAGUCACACAGAUCUACAGCUACUAUCUCUCCCCAGAGCUACGGGCUGUUGAUGUGGAAAUUAUCUCUAACUGCCAAAAAUAUUAUUAUUGGAGAAUUACUGAUAACAUGCUAUGUGCUGGCUCUCCUACUGGAGGAAAAGACUCUUGUCAAGGUGAUUCAGGAGGCCCCCUUGUCUGCAAUGGUCAUUUUGAAGGGAUUGUUUCAUGGGGUGUUAGCUGUGCAAACCCAUCCUUCCCAGGUGUAUACACAAAAGUGAGAAACUAUGUUGGGUGGAUUGACUGGAUGAUCAAUAAUGACAAUUCUAACUUAAGCUAA